GCGCCGCCGUGGCUGUUCUGAGACCAGCCGUACCGGCGCGUAAAGGCUCCUCGUGCUUCGCUUCGCUGUUAUGAAACGCUCAGUCGGAGAAGCAGGCGUUACUUCGGUGGAGCUUCGUGGAAAUCAUCUGUGAAGAAGCAGACGACGGGCCGACUACCGAGCAGACAUCAAUGCAAUGCUGCUUCUUAGGCGCUGCCAGAGCCUGACGCGACUUGCCGCUGUCGGCACUCAAGGGCAUCAGGCGGCUCCUUGUUUUGCAUCUCGUGCAGUUCGUCUCUGCAGCAGCAGCAGGGAGGAUCAGAGAUCAUACCAGCGUGCCAACUGGAGUGCCAACUGGAAACGUAUUGCUGCUGGGGUGCUGGCUGGUACUGGGGCUGUACUGACCUAUGGUCUACUCCACCAAGAGGUUGAGCAAGCAGACGCUGGCUUGCCCACCACAGAGAAGAGCUCCUCUCUUCCCGUCUUCAGCCUGGACGAAGUCUCAAAGCACCGCUCUCUGGAAGACGGCGUGUGGGUCACGUACAAAGGAGGCGUCUAUGACGUCACCGAGUUUGUGCCGAUACACCCUGGUGGGAAUAAAAUCUUGCUAGCAGCAGGUGGUGCCCUUGAACCUUUCUGGGCCCUGUAUGCUGUUCAUGACCAGGAAUAUGUGUUGGAGAUCCUCUCACAAUAUAAGGUUGGUGAGCUGAGUGUAGAGGACGUGAAGAAGCAGGACGAUGCCAAAACGUCGGACCCCUACUCUUCGGACCCCCGGCGCCACCCGGUGCUCCGGGUCAACAGCAAGAAGCCGUUCAACGCCGAGCCUCCUCCUGAGAUCCUGACGGAGAACUACAUCACUCCCCAGGUGUUGUUCUUCAAGCGGAACCACCUGCCUGUUCCUCAGGUGGACCCGGCUUCAUAUCGCCUCCGGGUGGAGGGCCUGCCCAGAGGAGCGCUGACUCUGUCGUUGAAGGACUUGAAGACCCGGUUCCCCAAACACACCAUCACGGCUACGCUGCAGUGCGCCGGGAACCGCCGCAGUGACAUGAACAAGGUAAAGGAGGUGAAAGGACUGAACUGGGGCAUUUCUGCUAUUGGGAAUGCCAAAUGGAGCGGAGCGCGGCUCAGAGACGUUCUACAGGCUGCCGGGUUUGGCCCAGAAGUGGCUAAAUGGGCCCGCCACGUUCACUUUGAAGGACUGGAUAAAGAUGUGGCAGGGUCAGCAUAUGGAGCCUCGAUCCCCAUCAACAAGGCCAUGAACGAGGACGGCGACGUCCUGCUGGCGUACGAAAUGAACGGCGAGAAUAUCCCCAUUGACCACGGCUUCCCGGUGCGGGUCGUGGUUCCGGGCGUGGUGGGAGCGCGCAACGUGAAGUGGCUGGGGCGGAUCGUGGUCAGCGCAGAGGAGAGCGGCAGCCACUGGCAGCAGCACGACUACAAAAGCUUCUCCCCGGGGACAGACUGGAGCAAGGUCGACCACAAGUCCGCUCCGGCCAUCCAGGAGCUGCCCGUUCAGUCCGCCAUCACCGUCCCGGCAGACGGAGCCGAGAUCGACCGCAGCGACAAAACACUGACCGUCAAGGGCUACGCAUGGAGUGGCGGCGGCAGAGAGGUAGUGCGGGUCGACGUCUCUCUGGAUGGAGGGAAGACGUGGCAGGUGGCUCAGCUCAGGAGUGGGGACAAAGGUCAGCCGGACGAGCCUUCGCCUCCUCCGGGUCGGGCCUGGGCCUGGAAGCUGUGGGAGCUGACCGCUCCUCUUCCUCCUGACGCUGACGAGCUGGAGAUUAUCUGCAAGGCGGUGGAUAACAGCUACAACGGGCAGCCGGACACAAUCCCCCCCAUCUGGAACCUGAGAGGCCUGCUGAACAACGCCUGGCACAGGGUGAAGGUCAAGGUCACCGAGGGUUAGAGGGAGGCCCGGCCCAAAACUCAUCAUCAAGGACAGGGCUUUGUUUUGUGUCGGACUGCACUGUUAACAGAAUCUGUCUGAAGUUUACAAAGUAUUUAUGUGAUCUUGUUGAUUGGGAGAUUUGAAAAAUGAAAGUUUUAUAUGAAUAAAGUCAAACAUAGAAACCGUAUCUACCGUGCCGCACAGGAAGUUCAGGGUGACGUACGGAUUAGAGGUCAGGCUUUUUCUUAUCAAUACUGAUAUCUGGGUUUUUAUGCAUUUUUAGACUUUCUUUGUUAAAGGCCCAAACCAAGAAAAUUGCUGCUGGUUCUUUGAUAGUACAAGUUAGGCUUUUUAUAAAUGUAUAUUUUUAAAAACGAUUUCAUAUGAAAAAUCAUGCUGUUUGUUGACGAGGGUGAAUCAGAGACUACUGAAAAUCUUUAGUUUUUAACAACUGAUGUUACUGACUCUAUUGUGAUCAACUUUAGCAACAUCUCUUAAUUUAGUUAAAAAAGGACAUUUUUUAAAAAAAAUACAGCACGUAAUUUACAACAUAAAGUAACUGAGCAAGAAAAAAGCAAUUUGUUUGGGAUUCUCUCUGAUGUUGGAAAACUGGAAUUUCUUAAUGCCUCUUUGUAACAUAAUGGCUGAGUUCUUAAUAACUUGUCAGAGCCGUUGUUCAUGGGGCCAAAGAGCUGCUGGUUGGACCAUAAAUAUAGUCAUAAUAGAAAAUGCUGAGAGAUCUUGGAUUUGACUCACUUAAUGACUAAACAAAAAGAAACAAAUCAGUCGUUCAAUACAAAAUUGGCUUAAUUUGUUUCUUAGAUCAGAGCUUAAUGUUUUCUGUAAGUGAUUUUUCUCAGCAUUUGUGAUUGAACCUCUAUUUCUGAUCAUGUGGUGGGUUAUAUAUUUAAAUCUCUUCAAAUAGGAACGUUCUAAGGACAUAUUUUAUUUAGCGUUAUUGUUGACACUACUGCUUAUUAAAUGUAAUAUCUACAAAAGUAGCGAUGGGAAAGUCUCCAGCUCAAAUUUUUAUUUGCUGAAUUUACAUGUAGUGUUGGUGUUAGAAUCCCGUAUCGUUACUUUGAGCACUUGCGUUCAUCAGCAUGCCUCUCUCAGUAACUCUCAUCAGACAGUGCACACUUUGUGAGGCAUCCAGUGGUUGUGCAAGUCUCACUUUUUUUCCACAUAAUCGGCCUGUUUUCAACGUGUUUCAAGGUUUCAUUGCACUAAAGCAAUGUGCGGGGAUCAGAGGAAUGUGAUCCGCGCACAAAGACUGUUUUUUUAUUGUAAAAAAGCGAUUUUAAAAUUACUUUUGUUUGAGAAAACAAAUGAAGAGACAAACAUUUAUUUGGGUUUCCUACUAGCUUAUAAACUGGCACUGAAGAAAGUCUCUGCCCAAGAUUUUUCAAAGUAGGGGAUUAAAAAGUAUUUCAUCUCAAGCUAUGUUUCAGUAUAAAAGGACACAAGAGACCAGUCAAAAAACUUGUUCUUGGUUGUAAUGGGAAUAUUUCAGGUCAUUCAUUGUCAACACACCUUUAGCCAACACUGUGUUGAUGUCAUAACUAAAAGUGUGAACUCAUGUAAGGUACAACACCCUGAUAUGGUUGUCAUGUGUAUUUAUGACACAGCACCAGAGGAAACCAGCAUGGAUUUAAAGAAAGUUGUUUUUUGACUUGGCAGUGAAGAAUAUUUUUGAACAGGCCCUGAAGUGUUGAGCCAAAUGUACAGUUUUCAGAAAGAAGGGAGCACAUUUUCAUGAAACUGCAAGUGUUUUUGUUCUGUUGAGUCACAUUUAUAAAUGGUUUCCUGCUGAUGUGUCAUAUCCAGCAGGGCUUUUAAAAUGCGUACUGUGCAUUUUGAAUUUGAGGAUAGCGGAGAUGAUGUUUUCUUCCAACCUGACUGACUUCCUUCUGCUGAUUUUGUUGCUGCUCAGUGUGAAAACUGUCAUGGUGCCAAACUAAACAGCACCUCCUGGAUUCGCACUCUCAUUUUAUAUACCUGGUACAUUUUAUUUUUCAUAAUUUCUCUCAGUAAGAUAAGCUUAAUGUUUUCUACUAACAACACUUUAGAAUGGAAGGAUAUUUUGCUGUGCAGUCAUCUUUUUAUGCACUUAUUUAUAUUAAGUGUCUUUUUUUCAUUUGUUUUGUUGCGUUUGUGAAUUAAUAAUUUCAAAAAUAAAAAACGUGCUCACUUCACACAUGUUUACAAUAAAAUGUGGUCAGGAUUUUGUUUAUUCCUUUCCAUAUGACCAUUUGUAGUUUAAAAAAAAAUGUUUCUGAAUAUGUGGGAUAAACUGGAUUUGAAACCUAAACAGCCUCUCGAUGUUUGAUGUUGGGAAGGAGGCAAGAAGCAAAGUUUCUUAAAACUCGUUUACAUGACCAGUCACUGAUGAGCAAAGCCGUUGUGUUAUCUCUGUGAUGACUGAGUUUUUGUUUCGGCUUGGACAUGAUUCAGUCCAGAUGUUCUCUCAUGAGCCUGGGACUGGGAGAGACUCGGGGAAAAACAUAAUAAAUCAGGAAACAUUCAGGAAGUUCUGUGAUGCAUGUUUGUGUGACUGGUGCAGAAGAAAUGUUUGGAUGAGCAGAAAUGUUCUGCAGAUAACCAAAAGAGAGAUUAUGGUGAUUUAUGCUUGACCGUUCUCUGCUCUUUAAAACUUUGAGAUAAAUUGGAAAACUGGAAAUCAAAUAGAAAAUUCUGCCUUUUUUUUUUGUGUCACUGUUCCAGAAAAAAUGUCUUUUUGUACAUUUUCCUUUAAUUACCAGUUUGCUGCCAUAAAACUGACAAAUACAGGAAACACAAAGCUGACUGUUCUCAAUAAAGCAAGUGUGUCACUUUAUUAGUGAAUUAAAACUUGUAAAUGUUUUUCAGUGACUGAAGUUGUAAGAAACAAUUGUGGGAGUAAAUUAUUUGUUGGAAUUGGGGGAGAAGGUUUUCUCGUUUUACCAGAACGUCGGAGUCCUUUAAAGGAGCAGUGUUAUGUGUUUUCCAGGCUCAUAGUGCCAUUUUAUAGCACAAUCAAGUAACCAUCUCACCUUCAGUUAUGAAAGUCCUGUUUAUGUCAAAUACCACUUAAAAUAAAUUUCACUAUACAGUCAAAUGUCACCGGAAAUGCUGGUUGAUAAAAUAUUGCUACAAUUGCAAUAUUGUGCAUUAUUUUACAAUUGUUAAUGAAUAUUUAUCAGUAGUUAGGUGUUUGAUCAUUUCCUGAAGCAACAGGAAGUGUGCAUAGAUCCAGGCGAACGUGCAAAAUUGAAAAUAUAUUUUUCUAAUUUAUAAAAAAUAGUCACAAACUUUGGAUGCAAAGCAGAUGAGUUCAAAAACAUGUAAUUUACUUCCCUGAGUGACUAUGAAGACAAGAAAAAGAAUAUUUAUAACUUCUGAAAGUUAAAAAAAAAACAAACUUUUUGCAUACAUAUUCUAAAAAUAUAUAUAUUUGUAAUAUAUAUAAAUUGAGGCCAGAAAUGUGUCCUAGAUUCUUUGAAAACGUAAAACCAAAAAAGUUAUCUAUUUUUGGAAAAUUUAAUUUGUGAAUCGUGACAAAACUUUAGCUGCAGCACAUUUAGAUUUCUGACUAGUAGAUGAAAUGAAAAAAUAUGAAUGAAAUGUUUUUCAUUUUAAAUCUGUGCUCCGAUGUAUCUUGAGACAAUAAAGUGUAGAUGAGAUGUUCUGCAAAUAAUCCAGUUCGAGUAAAAAUAUAUUGAAUAUACCUGUA